AUGGAACUGGCAUCAAGGCGAAAUGGGUUUCAUCCUCCACCCAACCAGGGCCCAGACCCUUCCCUGGUCUACCGGCCCGAUGUGGACCCAGAGGCAGCCAAAGACAAGGGCAGCUUCCGAAACUACACCUCUGGCCCGCUGCUGGACCGUGUCUUUGCCACCUACAAGCUUAUGCACACGCAGCAGACCGUGGACUUCGUCAGGAAGAAGCACACCCAGUUUGGGGGCUUCUCCUACAAGAAAAUGACUGUGCUGGAGGCUGUGGCCAUGCUGGACGGGCUGGUGGACGAGUCGGACCCAGACGUGGACUUCCCCAAUUCCUUCCACGCCUUCCAGACUGCUGAGGGCAUCCGGAGAGCCCACCCUGACAAGGACUGGUUCCACCUCGUGGGGCUGCUGCAUGACCUGGGGAAGGUCCUGGUUCUGGCAGGGGAGCCCCAGUGGGCGGUUGUUGGAGACACCUUCCCAGUUGGCUGCCGUCCCCAGGCCUCUGUGGUUUUCUGUGACUCCACCUUCCAGGACAACCCCGACCUCCGGGAUCCUCGAUACAGCACAGAGUUCGGCAUGUACCAGCCCCACUGUGGGCUAGAGAACGUCCUCAUGUCCUGGGGCCAUGACGAGUACAUGUACCAGAUGAUGAAGUUCAACAAAUUCUCUCUCCCGCCGGAGGCCUUCUACGUGGUCCGAUUCCACUCUUUCUACCCUUGGCACACGGGUGGCGACUACCGGCAGCUGUGCACUGAGCAGGACCUGGCCAUGCUUCCCUGGGUGCAGGAGUUCAACAAGUUUGACCUCUACACCAAGUGCCCAGAUCUGCCGGAUGCGGACGAGCUGCGGCCCUACUACCAGGGGCUCAUUGACAAGUACUGCCCCGGUGUGCUGAGCUGGUGACCGGCCUGCCCACCCUGCCCGGGCCCGGUCAGGUGCCCUGGGGUGACAGCCAAGGUUGGGGGGACUCCACGUGCACAUCUGCGGCCAACACUCCCUGUCCUGGUGGCCACUCCGCCCAGUGGCAAUAAAGACCUUGAAGCAGCU